AUGCCCACUAUCGACAAGUCUAACUCUCGCAUUCUAGUGACCGGCGGAGCUGGCUUCAUUGGCUCCCAUGUCGCACAGCGACUUGUCUCCGAAGGCUUCCCUUUCGUUCGAGUUGUCGACAUCCAGGACCCCGUAUACGACGCCCCAACUAGUCUCUGUCAUGAUUUUCUGAAGGGAGAUCUCCGCGACGUACGCGUAUGUGAUCGAGCAAUGAAAGGAAUCACCCACGUCCUUCACUUCGCCGCGAACAUGGGCGGCAUGGGAGCGAUACGCGCCGAAAACGACCUCAUCGUCUACGACGACAACCACACCAUCAUGCUAAACGUCCUUCGUGCUGCCAUCAAAGCCGGAGCCGCGCGCAUUCUCUAUGCGUCUUCUGCGUGCAUCUAUCCGGAACACCUUCAGGCCGAUCUAUCUAAGGACGUUCGGCUUCGUGAAGGCGACGUGUGGACCGAUCUGACUGGGCCGCCCAAGCCGCAGGGUCUGUACGGUCAGGAGAAGCUGGCCUCCGAGAUGCUCCUUGCUGAGUGCGAGGGCAAGAUCGAGGUGCGCAUCGCUCGCUUCCAUAACGUCUAUGGGCCUCGAGGCGAGUGGUACAACGGCCGCGAGAAGGCCCCCGCGGCUAUGCUGCGCAAAGCCUUGGUCGCCGCGCGCAUGCUGGCGGACUCGCCGUCCUUGAAGCCGUCCUUCGAGAUCUGGGGCGACGGGCAUGCACGCCGGUCCUUCCUGUACAUCGACGACUGCGUCGACGCCGUCCUGAAGCUUCUCGCCUCGGAUUACAGCCGUCCUCUCAACAUUGGCACCGAGCAGGCCGUCUCUAUCCAGGAGCUCGCGCACAUCGCGCUCGAAGCCGCUGGCGUUCGGCCCUCGGAAGUCGACUUCGCAUACGAUAUCACGAAACCCAUCGGAGUCGCGUCGCGCAACUCCCACAAUGAGCUCGUCCACCGCGUACUUGGCUGGGAGCCAUGCGUGGAUCUUCGCUCCGGGAUGCUGAAGACUGCGCAAUGGAUAACAGGGGAGCUCGAUCGCCUCCUUGCACAAGGUCGGGCGCUAGGAUCCCUUCAACAUAGCACGUUGGUUCGUAUGGAACACAAUCCGAUCACCUUCGCGAUCCUCCUUCCCAUAACUUCGCGAAUCGCAGGCGGCGUACACUCUAAGGAACCCGUCACCGAGAAUCUGACUCGCUUCGCCCAUUCAUUGAUCCGGACGACGAGCGGCGAUUGCUUGGCCGAUGGUCAUCCCCCUGCCUUUGCUUUUCGAAUCUACGUGCUUGCCGACCACGAUGACAGCGUACUCAGCGAUGGUCGCGCCGCACGCAUUCUAGCCGACGCCGGGCUUUCCUCGGCCGACAUCGUCACGCUACCACCCUCCUAUGUGGCACGAGGUCGGGUAUGCACCCUCUGGCGCGACUGUGCUCGCCGUGCAUAUGCCGACGCCUGCGAUUACUACGUCCUGCUAGGCGACGAUGUCGAGCUGCUCUCGACCGGAUGGAUGGAGUUAGUGCAUCGCGCCUUCGCAGACCUUUCCGCGACACGACAGGUUCCCCUUGGCUUCGGGUGCGUCGCGUUCAUGGAUGAGACCUUCGCAGGUAUGCCGACGUUCCCCGUUGUGCAUCGCAAGCACCUCGAUAUGUUCGGCGGCGAGGUCAUCCCAGACAUCUUCGUCAACCAGGACGGCGACCCAUACCUAUACACGAUCUAUCGCAGGUUUGGGUGCUCGCGCAUGCUCGAGGACUGUAGACUUCGGAACGACAUUGGCGGAUCGGUGGACGCACGCUACACGAAGGAGAGUGCGCCGAAAUGGUCCUUCGAGACUCUUCGCGUCGGGGUGAGCCGUCUGCGAGACGAACUUCUCAAGGAGAACAGUGGCGGUGUCGUGCCUCAGGAGAAGCUCGCACUGGACAUUGUCGUGCCUUCGUACCGCGUCGAUAUCGAGGCCCUCCAGGCAAUCCUGUCCCUCCGUCCGUCAGCAACAUGCGAGACCAGCUACAUCAUCAUCAUCGACGACCCGCACGCCGAGGGCACGCAGGAACUGCUCGACAAGUACUCCCAGUGUCCGGAAGUUCGCAUUCGCGUGCACUCGACGAACCUCGGCGCAUCCGCCGCGAGGAACCGCGGCAUGGCCGAAUCCACGGCUGACUGGGUAGCCUUCCUCGACGACGAUAUAGCCCCAGAGCCGGAUUUUCUUCUCGAGGCGGAGAAGUGCAUCCGCACCCAUCCUCGCGCGGCGGGUUUCGUCGGACACUGCAAGUUCCCUUCUGCGGACACCGUUUUCAAAGCUGCGGUGCACUUUGCAGGCGUCACAUACUUCUGGGCAAUCGCAACCCAGAUAGAUACGGACGUACCUUGGGGCGUGACGGCGAACUUGAUUGCGCGUCGAGCGGACGACGGCGUGUUGUAUGAUCUCGUGUUCCCGAAGACAGGCGGAGGCGAGGACAUCGAUUUCUGCCUUCAGAAGACGGCCCACUCCCUCGCAAAGGGCGGCGAAGCUUUCUACGCGGCGCCAGACGCGAUCGUGACGCAUCCCUGGUGGCAUGACGGCAAGCGCUCCUACUGGCGCUUCUAUAUGUGGUCGGUGGGAGACGGCGCGCUCAUGCGGAUGUACCCCAAGCACUCCUACCGCGACUAUGCGCCGAACGCCGCUGAGUGCCUUUUGGCCUGCACGGGGUCGCUCCUCGCGGGUGCUGCCCUCUUGCGAAUGGACAUCGUCCGCUUCGCGCUGACUGCUCUUCCGAGUGUCGUCCUCGCAAACCUGCUCCUCGAUGUCUACCGUCAUGUCGCGCUCGACGACGGAUCCAACACCGACAACCCCUCGCGGCAAAUCGAGCUGUCGGGGGGAUACCGAGCACUUGCGAUCCUGGAGAGCACCUUCCUUCGCAUCUUCAGCGAGAUGGGGCGCACGGUCGGAGUGAUGAAGCGCGGCGAGUACGCACAGCUUGGUAUGCGCUUCGACUGGUUUGUGGGACGAUGGGGCGAUGGUCCGAAGCGGAACGAGCGGAAGAACAACCUUCUGAGACUCUGCAUGGCUGGUGCUUUUGUUGGACUUGGGUACUUCUUGUUCUGA